CGACUGCGACGCGUCGUCGAACCCCACACAAAGCCACUGAACCAAUUAUCCACCCCCUAAAAUCACCAAGGAAACCAGACAGCGCAACGCCCGCAAUUGCCACCAUGCCACCCAAGAAACGAGCCAAACCGACGGCCGUCUCGACGCCGCGCGCCUCAACGCCCUCCAAGACGCCGAACAAAGACCUCCCACCACCGACCAUGAUCCCCUUGGACCUACUCACCGACCCAUGGACCGAUGACCAAGAAACCUCGCUUUACAAAAGCAUCAUCCGAUGGAAGCCGACAGGCGUGCACAAGCACAUCCACAUGAUCCAGAUCGCAUCCGCACACACGCGGAUCCCCGGCAUCUGGCGCAAGCUCAGCCAGCUAUACGAUCUGGACGCGCUCGACGAGCGCGAAAACGCCCACUCCCUGCUCGGCUGGCCGGACGUGGCGGAGCGGCCGCGCGCGCCCGGCCCCGAACCCGACGCAAACGCCGCCGAUGGCCCGUGGUUCCGCCUGCCGGACGACGAGUUCGCCCAGCUGUUGUGGGACCGCCGUAUCGCGACCGAUGCGGCCGAGGAGGCGGAGCUCGAGCCUGAACAUGGCGGCAGCAGCACCAAGCCUGCUCGCGGCGCUGGCGCCAGGAAGAAGAGUAAGGCCUCUGCGGCUGCGGCUGCCGCCGCUGCUGCUGCUGUGCGCAGUGUCAGCCCGCCUGCGUGCCCCGAGCUGCUCGCUCGGGUUGGCGAUAUAUUGCCCACGCUGCUGGAGCAGGACGAGCUCCUCGCGGGGCACGUCUCAGCCGACGAAGGCGGGCGCAGCACGCCUGUCACCAAGGGGCGCGCAGGCGCAGGGGCAGGAGGGGCAGGAGGGCGCGGAGGUAAAGCAGCGGGGGGCCGGGGACGGGGCGGUGGAGCCGGCGGAGGAGGCAGAGGCCGCGGUGCGCCGAAAGCGCAGUCGACAGAUCCAGAGGACGAGGACGAGGACGAGGACGAAGAAGACGAGGAAGAAGAGGAGAGCUCCGAGGAGGAGGAGGAAGACGAGGAUUCUUCGCCACCGGAGCGGGGGAGUGGUCGCGGCGCGCGCGGUGGUAGGAGAGGCGGCCGCGGCGCGAAGCGCGGCGCUGCGGGGCGCAGUAGGCGGUAGUUCGUGCCCUGCCUCCCUCAAUGCCGUUUGCGCGUUUCUUUUCUUUAUAUAUACCCCCGAGACGGUAUGCUGGCGCCGCAGGCUUCCAGCACACGACGACAACCACCACCACCACAACACCACGACCACUGUCACUACCGACAGCCAUACCCAACCAACCCCAACCACGCUACCACCCCCGCCUGCAAGC